AUGACUGAUGAACUAACCCAACAAACAACAAAAAAGCCGUGCUCUACUUUAUCAAAUCAAAAUAAAAAACGAAACAGAAUUGACCAGUUUGCGGCUAUUUUGGCAAGUCGAACAAAAAGUACAGACACAAGUUCACAAAAAUUGCAACCAUUUCCUAAUAAAUUGACUGAACAAGAGACGACUGGAAAUCCUUUAAAAUGUUCUAUUUGCAAACUUUCUAUUCAGAAUGAUAAAAUUAAAGAAGCGAGAAAAUGUUCGAGUUGUUUAAAGUGA